UAAAAAUGGCCUUAACAGAGUCGGCAACAGGACUUAUCAUCUCUACUGAUACGGGUGCAUGCUUGUAUAAAAGAUCGAUUAAUAUGAAUCCUAUUGAUCAGAACAAUCUGGGUAUUCUCCAAGCUUUUCUAAUGACUAAUAUUGAAAACUCUUCUAUGCCCAUAUCUAUUAAGACUGAGAAUGGGUAUAUCUCACACACAAUUAUUGAAGUAGAUGACAGCAAACUGAAUAUCUCUAUCUUUGGGAACACUUCAGCAGAGUCUUCUGAGCAAUGAAUAGACUCUGUCUCUCAAUUGCUAUAUAUUCUCAGGAACUUAAUCAUAAUUCAGAUCGGCGCUAAAGCAAUUGAGGAAGGAGCUACAGGUGGAAUUGACGGUCUUAAGAGAAAGCUAAGAGCAUUGAAUGACAUAGUAGAUUAUGUACUCUCUCAACCUGAAUCUCCACUGAUCUUGUUCAAUACUAUUAAUGUAACUUGCCAUACAAAUCGAUUGACGAAUAUGCAUAUUCUUCAGAAAUUUACUGAAAAUUUCCAAGUAGAACAUUCCGCACUUUGGCUAGAAGACAAACUAUACUGCUGUAGCUCUGGUUGGAGUGAGAUCCAUCCAGUAGAUCAAUGAUUAUUGUUUCUCUACAAGAAACUUAGAAAUAAAGAGCAAUUAUAUGAUUUUCCAAUAUUUCUAACACAUACUUCCUUGGUAGACGAGCCUGAGAAUGUUGGUAUAGAUGCCUAUAGAUGCAUCAUCAUUCAUAUCUCUCCACUUUUCACACUAACCUGUCUCUCAGGACCUUCAGUGAACUCUGAAGAACUUAAAGAGUCAGUUCUUAAAGCAUGUGAAGAAGAAGCAUGGAUGGGUCUCUCAAAAGAAGGUCCAUCCAAAUCUAUUCAAGAUUGAGCUGUUUAUUAUGAAGUUCCCGAGCACAUCUUAAGCUGGAUGUGGCUUGAUACAUCAGAAAGCAUCGUCAGAACAUUUACCAGAUCUGAACUUCUUCUCAAGAGUGGUCAUGAAAAUCCAACGCCAAGAGUAGAAAAUAGGAAAAGUAGAUAUUCACGCAUCUCUCAAGAAUUAACCGAAGGAAGGGAGAUUUUUGGAGAUAGAACUUCAAGUCUCAAGGAAUCUCAAAAGAGCUCAAAGAAGGAAGACUUAAAGUCAUUGAAAAGAAAAUAAGCUCCAGGAAUCUGAAGCUAUGAGAGAUUUGAUUAGGCUUUAUUUAAAGCUUCCCAUUGUUGAACCAGUUGAUGAAGAGCAGAAAGAAUUUGAAUCAUACACCCAAGAAAGCUAUAUCAUCUCCGAGGCUUAUACUCUAUAUGUUAUUAAAGAGAAUAGCAAACAGCUAGUCUUAUUGUUUGACAGCUCUCUCGAGAUCGACAUUAUAUCUGAACUAUCACUGGAGUUUAAUAAAUAUCUGAAGGAGACACUUAAUAAAGAUUAUAUAUUUCAAUAACUAAUA